GAUAAAGAAGGUGGGUGGGUGACUGCGUGCGCGUCCGUCCGCAACGGGCAAUGUUCUCUCACACUGCCUGGAGCUGCUGGGAACCUGAGUCAACCGUCCUAUUUUACAAAUCUAAAGGUUUCACAUUUUAUUCAAGAUUUUCCAACUUUGAGGGAUCAAGAGAGGAUGAAGAGGAGGAUGGGUGACAUGCACAUCCUACAGAUCACCGGUUCUUCACAAAAAGAAUACUUAGAUAAAGAAGUCAUCUAGAGACGAGCACCAUGAUGGAUUCUAUUCAGUCUACGCCUGAUGUCUUCACCACAGACAGCAUCUCGAGAGAACCAUACCAUGAGACCCAACAGUCACCAUCCAACUCAACCAUACCCGUCGAGCAUCACUACAGCUUCCACAAUACCCUACUAGGUGUCUUCCUGGGCUUCCUGUCCCUGCUCACCGUCGUCAUGAACAUCCUGGUACUCUACGCCGUGAAGAAGGAGCGGACCCUCCACACGGUGGGCAACCUCUACAUCGUCAGCCUCUCCGUGGCGGAUCUCAUCGUCGGGGCCACCGUCAUGCCCCUCAACCUGGUGUAUCUGCUGGAGGACGAGUGGAGGUUGGGGAGGGUCGUCUGUCAGUUCUGGCUCAUCAUGGAUUACGUAGCCAGCACAGCCUCCAUCUUUAGUCUGUUUAUACUAUGUCUGGAUCGGUAUCGGUCCGUUCACGAGCCGCUGAGGUACCUGAAGUACCGAACCAGAAGGAGAGCUAGCGUUAUGAUCUCAGGGGCAUGGUUGUUGUCUACGAUGUGGAUUAUUCCUAUUCUAGGGUGGAGGUCGUUUGCUACUGUCGACCUUAAACCGGAAAUGGAAAAUAAGUGUGACACCGAUUUCCGGUUUGUCACGUGGUUUAAGGUUUUAACUUCCGUGUUUAACUUCCACCUUCCGUCUCUGUUGAUGCUGUGGUUCUACUCACGCAUCUACAUGGCUGUGAGGAAACACUUCAGAGAGAGGGAAAAGAUUAUCAAUCCUACAGACUCUACGGCGGGAAACCGUAUCGGACACAAAGUCCAAACAGGAAAUAGACCCUGCGAGUCUUCUAACGAGGAAAAUAAGGGAAACGACUGUGACUUUGAUCAGUACACUUUAGACCAGCUGUACAACUCAACAGAUACGGCUGAAACCAACGCAUCCAGGGAACCCAAGUCUGAGAAAGACGCUCACUCCAGUCAUUCCCUGCUCAGAAUGACAAAACGUCUGAGGAAGACUGUAAAGGGCAAAAGAAAGAGCGGCUCUUCGUCUUUUCUGGAGAAGAAUUUGGACUCGGAGACCCCUUUGAACCUGUCAACGUUACCUCUCCGCUUCACACACACCGACGACAACAACGCGCAGGGACUGUACGUAUCCGUGAGCGACACAGCCGCGCCGCUAAACUCUGCGGCUGGCGUUUACGAGAUAACCCAGAUAGCUGACGUGCAGAGAUACACCACCAUGUUGUACAAUGAUUUCACCCAGUCUCUGAAUUCACCCCCGUCACCAUGGGCCCAUAAUUCACCCCCGUCACCAUGGCCACAGGAGGACUCGGAGCCCGAUGAUGGCGCUAACCCAGACGCUGCAGCCAACGCUGUGACCCUAAAGCAGACCUGGCAGAAGUUCUGUGCCCAGUCCAGGCAGCGUAUGCAGAGCCUUCAGGUCCAUAAGGAGCACAAAGCGGCCAAGCAGCUGGGCUGUAUUAUAGCUGGGUUCAUGACGUGUUGGAUCCCAUACUUCAUAGUCUUUAUGGUCAUGGCUUUCUGCCAAACCUGUGUACAUCACGACCUACAUAUGUUCACGAUAUGGCUUGGGUAUAUAAACUCUACCUUGAACCCGUUCAUAUACCCCCUCUGCAAUGAGAAUUUCAAAAGGGUGUUCAAAAAGAUUUUACACAUUCAUUUGUGAUGAAAGGUUUUCUGAACAGUGUCUUGAUUGGCAGGUAGCCCUUUAAGUUAUGUUAUCGAUGCUGCUUUAAACUUCGGUGUGCUUGCAUGUUUUGAGUAACUUCAAUUUUGGUACCUUAACUGUGUAUAGUUUUGUAAAUAUAAUGCUUAUUUAUUGUAGGCCUAAAUAUUUCUGUAUCAAACCCAAACAUCAUCCUUCUCACUCAACAAACUAUGCAUUCCAGUCUUCAUGGAGUCUUGUCUGACUUUUUAUUUUAGUCAUUCGUGUCUGUAAUUUCCAAUAAAAGUGUCUGAACUGGG